AUGAGCCCUAACUACUCCAUGAUCCUGUGGGCGCUCGCUGCCCAGAGCGUGGCGGCCUUUGCCCCCUCACCGACGCGCCUGCGUGGAACGGCACGCGGCGCAUCGUCUCCAGACGAAGGUGAUGGCUGGUCUCUCCUGACCACUUUCGAGAACAUGGCCUGGCACCUGAACCAGCCACAACUGCAUCCAGAAACACUGACGGACCUGCGAUCCGAACCGGCAUUUGAGAAAGCCGUGUCGGCCACAGGAUACAAGAACAAGACUGGCAAGCUAGCGCCGCAAGCACCCAAGUCUCUCUCCUCGAUCCUGACGGUUGCUGUUGACUCGGAUGGUGACUUGGAUGAUUCCGAUGUGGUUGGUUUCCUCCGAGUCCUUGGGCUUUGCCAGUUUUACCUUGAAGAUGGGGACUGCCCUUGCAGGCAGUUGCAGGACCCUGUGAGCCACUACCCCAACUCGGGCUUGCAGAGUCGAAGACUUCAGAAUGUCAAGGGCUUCGGGCAGGUUUUCGCGUUAACGACUGCCAUCAACCGGGUGCGCGGGCACCUACACUCCGCCAGCCUGCAGAAGUUCUUCACGAACAAGACGCACAAGAAGUACUGCAGCUGCGGCAAACCCAGCGCGCUGCUUCUGGAGCGCUGUACCUUUUGUGGGGAGGCCCUCAGCGAUGCGCAGAUCGCUGUCAUGGGCCGGGACCCGCUGCUCGAGGCCGUCCUGGAUGCAGGAAGCCCAGACUUUGCCGAGCUCCAUCGCUCCUUUGAACUUCUGGUGCUGAAGCACCGCUUCCCCGUGGGCAAGGAGCACCUUCUGGUGCUGCCCAAGGGCACCUGCUACGACCUUCGCCAACUCCGGCGGCGUCAAGUGCCUUUGCUGAAGAAGAUGCACCAGAAGGGGAUGGAGUGCCUGCGGUCUCUGUGGAGCCUGCCUGAGGGCGCGCCAGAUCCACCGGCACCUGGGUUGCCUGUGAGAUAG